GUGGAGUCAGACCCACAUCUGCUCCCCAGAUCUGAACCAAGAAGGUGCCUACAAGUUCCACCUGUGAUCCCAGGUUUCGAUCUUAGCACCUCGCCUCUCAUACAUCACCAUGCUUUUGAAGCACCCGCCAGUCCUGACUGCACAUAAUACGCUUUGUCGUUAAAUCGUCCAUAGUCUACUUAAAUACGCUCCAGACUCGCUUUGACCGGCGCGCGUGGGCUCUGCAAACGCCUCCUUCCCUGGCCGAGACGCUUCGUCAAGAUGCGCCGCACCCUCUCGACGUUCUGCAGAAGGUAGCUGGAAGCUGACUCUCCGGGCCUGCAAACCGGCGACUAUGGGCCAGGGAUUCUCUCUUGCCACCCCCCGUGCCGGGGCCGCCGGCAUCGAUGUUCCAGAGCUUUCAGACCUGGUUUACGAACGAUCCGUCGGAACUGGGAGCUUUAUGAAGAGUGUGCGGGCAAGGCAUCAUGACGGAGUUGUACUUGCCAAGGUCCUUAUCAAGCCUUACCCCAUGUCCCUGGACAAAUACAAGCAGGAGAUUAUCCGCGAGCGACGAGCCCUGGCUGACGUGCCAAAUGCCCUCCCUUACCAGCGCGCAAUCGAGACGGAGACGAAUGGGUACCUUGUACGGCAGUUCCUCUACAAUUCCCUGUACGACCGCCUCAGUACGAGACCGUUCCUCGAGGAUAUCGAAAAGAAGUGGCUGGCCUUCCAGCUCCUCUGCGCCCUCCACGACUGCCACGCCAAAGGCGUCCAUCACGGCGAUAUCAAGACCGAGAAUAUCCUCGUCACCUCCUGGAAUUGGCUUUACUUGGCCGACUUCUCUUCGUCCUUCAAGCGCGUCCUGCUGCCCGAGGACAACCCGGCCGACUUCUCUUACUUCUUUGACAUCUCCGGCAAGAGGACGUGCUAUCUAGCGCCUGAGAGAUUCCUAAGGCCCGGGGAAGAAGCUGAUCCGGAUGCCAAGGUGACAUCGGCGAUGGAUAUCUUCAGUGCCGGCUGCGUCAUUGCCGAAUUGUUUCUCGAGACCCGCAUCUUCGACCUGAGCAAGCUCUACUCGUACCGCAAGGGGGAAUAUUCCCCGUCGAUUACGCAUUUGAGCAAGAUCCCAGAUAAGGACCUGCGGGAAAUGAUCGCUCACAUGAUCCAGCUGGAUCCGCAAGCACGGUAUUCCGCCCAGCAGUAUCUGGGUCGCUGGAAGGGCAAAGUGUUCCCGGAGUACUUCUACAGCUUCCUGCACCAGUACAUGCAGCUGAUAACCGACAUUUCGUCUGGCCAGGAUGCCUCCACAGGCAGCGCCAGGAAUAUCAGCGAGGCCGAUCAACGGAUAGAACGGGUAUGGCUGGACUUCGACAAGAUCUCCUACUUUCUGGAAUAUCAAGAUGGCGACCAACGCACUGAUGAGCGCUACCCAUCUCCAAGGCUCGGACUGAGCCACUUCCCUGUCCGAUUGAACAUACCAACUUAUGAACACCACGUCUCUGCCGAUAGGCAGUCGUCUGCGAGCGACGGCACCCUUAUUUUCUUGACACUGGUCGUGUCAUCCAUUCGCAACACCGCCCAUGCCGCCGCGAGGAUAAAGGCAUGCGACAUUCUGCUUGCUUUUGCCGAGCGGCUGACAGACGAAGCGAAACUGGACCGCGUCGUUCCGUACCUCGUGGCCUUGCUUAAGGACAAGUGCGACAUGGUUGUGGUUUCCGCCGUCCGGGCCAUCACGCAAAUCCUUGACCUCGUAAAGGUCAUCACCCCAGUCAACUCACAAAUCUUUCUCGACUACAUAAUGCCCCGGAUGGAGCUACUGUUGACGGACACACAGCGCACAUCAAGCCCGAUUGUCCGCGCGACGUACGCAUCUUGCCUGGGAAGGCUAGCUGUAACCGCUGACCGCUUCCUCGCGAUGGCAGCAACGCUUCGAGCGGACGGGUCUGCGGCCCUUCCGGAUCCUGAAGUUGAGUCCGGCAACCAGCCGCAGGCCGUCUUUGCCGGGCUGUUUGACGACGCUCGCCGGGAGUUGACCGACACAUUCGGGUUUCACACCGGGAUGCUCAUCGAGGAUUCAGACCCGUUCGUUAGAAGAGCCUUUCUGGCAUCGGUCCCUGAACUAUGCGUCUUCUUCGGGGCUGCUCAGGCAAACGAUAUCAUCCUGACCCAUCUGAACACGUACCUGAACGAUCGCGACUGGCUGCUAAAAUGUGCACUGUUCGACACGGUCGUGGCCAUCUCGGCGUUCCUGGGAUGCAGCACGCUUGAGAAGUUCAUUUUACCUCUUAUCGUCCAGGCCGUCACCGAUCCUGAGGAGCAUGUUAUCCAAGGAGCACUACAUGCUCUGGCGGAACUGGCAAACCUGGGUCUGCUAACGAAAGGGACAUACCUUGAGCUGGUGGGCAUCAUCGGGCGAUUCACAAUGCAUCCUAAUCUAUGGAUCCGUGACUCAGCUGUCGAGUUCAUGUCGGCUAGUACGCGCUUCUUGAGCCCAGCGUUUCUCAGGGUUCGGAUGUUACCGCUGCUGAAAGCGUAUCUCAGGCCGCAUAGCCUGCCCGACUUCUCCAAGCUUGGUCUGCUCGGGGCGCUACAGAAACCUCUAUCGCGGUCAGUGUUUGAUCAAGCGCUGCUGUGGGCAUCGAAGACCGACAGAGGGGACUUCUGGAGGCCCUUCAAAAAGCUUCGCGAUGCUGUCUCAGGCCCAAUCUCUUCCAUGGUGGCUGAGAUCAACCCGCAGGCUCUGACUAAAACAGCGAGGAAUGAGGAGGAUGAGCAGUGGCUGAACAAGUUGCGGAACCUAGGGCUCGCCCGAGAAGACGAACCCAAGCUGCUCGCUCUGAGAGAGUUCAUCUGGCGCCUGAGUCAAAUCAAGGCAAGGGAUUCGACUACGCAGGACACUGCGGAUACAGUUGCACUGAACGGCGUUAUUCCCCUUCGCAGUUUGGGCAUAAGACCGCAGACUGUCUUGUUCGACGAAGCGCCGCUCGCGGCGCCCCUAGUGAACACGGAGCAGGAUAUAGGCGCUCCACGAACCAUUAGGGACGCCCUCCUUGACGCAUCUAUGUCGGUCGAUGAUCCGGUUGGGAAGAAGCGGCGGGCUGCGCUGAACAACCACCGUAGCCGUCUUGGCAGCAGAGAUAAUAUGUCACCCAUGUCUGUGAACGGCAGACGCCCGUUGGAGGAUGAACUUGCCACCUCUCCAACUGCAACAAGACACGGCGAAGGCUCAGCGAAUACGUCCCGACGAACAUCCGUCGCACACAACAAGUCUGCUACUUUGUCACUAACGGACGAUAAUGUCUCGGUUCAGGAUGCCCCUCACAGCACGAGAAGGGAUUUGCGGCGUCAGCCGAGUGCCAUGAGCCUCCUGAACCGUAAAAGCAAUGCCAAAUCUGGCCCGGAGACCGGCACAACUGAGGCGAAUGCGUUUGGUGAGAUGGAUGGACCGUUCAGCCCCGGAUUGGCACGAACCCCCUUGCCACCUGAUCCCGACUCCGUGCCGGACCAUGCGAAAACGCGGCUGCGAGCGAAUCACACAUACACAGGCAAUGACCCCAACAUUCUCAAGAUGCUUGCUGCCAUGUAUGUUGAGAAUUACCCUCACGACCUCACUGAGUUUGGUCCUUUGGUCACGCCCAUUACCCGAGACAAACCCCACAAGUCGUCGGCCUCUCAGUCGGGGGCAGAUGAGAAGUGGAGGCCGUCCGGAAAGCUCGUGGCUACCUUUUCGGAACACGUUGGACCCAUCAACCGGAUUGUCGUCUCCCCGGACCACCAAUUCUUCCUCACGGGUGGCGAUGACGGCUGCGUUAAGGUGUGGGACACGGCACGGCUCGAGCGUAACAUAACCCACCGGUCGAGGCUGACGUACAAGCACGCCGCGGGGGUUAGAGUUCUCGCUCUGUGCUUCAUUGAGAACACGCACAGCUUCGUCAGCUGCGCAAGCGAUGGCAGUGUUCACAUCGUGAAGGUGGAGACUAUGCUCAGCGGCAUCAACUUCCGGUAUCCGCGACUCCGUCUCCUGCGCGAGCACCAGCUCGUAGAGGGCGAUUACGCCGUGUGGUGCGAGCAUUUCAAGCACGAUGGUGAAUCGAUCUUGAUCCUGGCGACGAGCAAGUCCAAUAUCCUAGCUAUCGACCUACGGACGAUGACGCUUCUCUAUAAGUUGGAGAACCCGGUCCACCAUGGUACACCCACUUGCUUCUGCAUCGACCGCAAGCAGAAUUGGCUCUGUCUCGGGACGUCGCACGGCGUGCUCGAUCUUUGGGAUCUCCGGUUCAAAAUGCGCGUCAAGGGUUGGGGCGUGCCCGGCAAGGGCUCCAUCUACCGCCUCUGCAUCCACCCGUCUAAGGGCCGGGGGAGAUGGGUCUGCGUGGCCGGCGGUACCGGACAGGGCGAAGUUACGGUCUGGGAUCUCGAACGCACCCUCUGCCGCGAGAUAUACCGCGUAGGCGGCAACAAGGAGGGACCCAAGGGCUACGAGGCAUGGGAGGUGGACGAGGACAAGCCGGAGGGUAUGCUCGGCCGCUUCGCGACCAACAUCGAGCCGUCCGCCCUGGGCAAUGCGGACCGCGGCGUGCGGGCGAUGGUUGUCGGCACGGGCCGCACCGACGACCAGCGCGAGGUCCGUCACGCCUUCAUCAUCACUGCCGGGUCGGACAAGAAACUCCGCUUCUGGGACCUGCCACGCAUCGAGAACAGUCUUGUAUUCAGCGGCUUGCAGCCGGACGAGGGCAAGCCGACCUUUACGGCCAGCCACCCCACCCCGUCCAUGACGCUCAGUACGGAGCGGUGGCCGAGGCAGGUUGGUGGUCCAUUGUCCGGGUCUGGCUCGGCGGCGACGAACGGAGGGUCGAGGACUUCUGGCGGUAGGAGUGGGAGAACAGCCACUCGGGCGCCGCGGUCGACGGUUAUCUCACUCCACCAGCAGCAGUUGCUGCGGAGUCAUUUGGAUGCCGUGAUGGACGUUGCAUUGCUGGAGUCGCCUUACAUGAUGACCGUGUCGGUGGACAGGAGCGGGGUGGUGUUUGUCUUCCAGUAAUAAUAAGGGUUUCUUGAUUCUUGAUUUCGGUACGACUAAGUAAGGAUGGGUUCCUGGAUCUUGGCUACAUAUUAGAAGGGAAUGGCCUGCCAAGUAUUUGGUCACUUGUAGGUAGAUUUAGCAAACGAGAUGGCACGGUCUUAGACCUUCCUCGCUACCUUGUUCGUGGACUUAAUAUCUACCAUCAUACUAUGAAGGGGAUGCGAAGGUAGGUUUAUUGCUGUCGAUGAUCAACUUCUUUUCAUGGUUCUAGUACGGAUUCUAGUACGGAGUACGGAGCACUGCCGUGUGAGAACUGGAAGUUCGAGUGGGUGCUGUGUCAGGGUUAGGGUCCUGCUAGCGGCCCUUUUCACCCCACAUUAUUUCCCUACUGCUAGCUUAGUAGUAC